AUGCCUUCAUAUAUGCGAAACCUCACAUUAUACAGCAGUCUUAUACUGCUUGGGCUUUUACCUCUAAUAACCGCACACGGCGAUGACGAACCAGAAAUGAAUAUGGGCAUGCAGAUGAGUUCGGUAUCCACCACUAUAGCUACAGCUACGGAUUCAACUGUUGUGAACAACACCAAUAUAGCUGAAUCUAGCUAUUUUCAACAUCCUGAACUUGGAGGUCUCAUGGUAGCUCAUAUUAUACUCAUGACCAUAGGAUGGGUAUUCGUUCUCCCAUUAUGUGUGAUGUUCUCAAUUGCCCGAUCUCGAUUAAGUCUCCCUACCCAAUUCGUAUUCCUAGCCUCCAAUGGCGGUGGUCUCUUCUGCAGUGUAAUCUACACUGCCUCCACUCCGGACUUAUAUCCAAAUAAUAUACAUCAUAAAUUGGGGUGGUUCCUGAUAUCCUUAAUAGCUGCGCAAGGGGUAAUUGGGGUGAUUAGUGCCUACGCGGGGCGCAAGGGCGAGAAACAGGAGGAGAACCCCGGGUAUAUUCCGGUUUCGAGAGAAGCAAUGGCAGAGCAUACCCGUAUGCAUGAAAGACCUAAACCUGUUACGAGAUUUUCGGAUGAUAGUGGGCAAGGCACGGAACCAAUUACUGAAUCUUUACGGAGUCAAUCAAUAUCUUUGUCUGGAGAUGACGAAAAUACUUUACAUGAAUCAGAAAAGGACGAGCCGGAAAAAGUGGGUUUGAUAGAAGGUACCCGGGUGGACCAAUACCUAUCAAAACGACUUCCGGGAUUACUUUCCGCACGUCUUUUAUGCAUAAUUGGAUUUGUAUACGACGUUGUGAAUCGAGUAAUCCUUCUCUUGGGUUUUGCUAUUCUUACAUCUGGAUUUGUCACAUACGGUGGCUUAUUCAAAGGAUCGGAGAUUUAUAGCGGUCUUGCCCAUUUUAUCAAAGGAGGAGUUUUCUUCUGGUAUGGAAUUUUAACCCUCGGUAGAUGGGCAGGUUGUUUCGCUGAGAUUGGUUGGUCUUGGAAUAUUAAGCCUGAUAACGAACGACGAUUCACUCCAACAGCUGAAUUUGUGGAGAGUUUCCUCAUUUUCUUAUAUGGAUCUACAAAUGUUUUCUUGGAACAUUUAGCUGCUUGGGGAAGUGCAUGGAGUGCACAAGAUCUUGAGCAUAUUUCAAUUACCAUUAUGUUUAUUGGUGGUGGAUUGUGUGGUAUGUUCAUUGAAUCAAACAAGAUCCGCAACUUUUUAAAUACGGCGGCCCAGCAAUCAUCAUAUUCGAUGUCUUCUUAUCACCCAGAAGCCCAGGAACCAAAAUCUUAUAGAUUCUCAAUGAACCCAAUACCUGCUUUGGUUGUCAUGCUAUUGGGAAUGAUGAUGAGUUCACAUCAUCAACAUUCAAUGAUAUCGACCAUGAUCCAUAAACAAUGGGGAACUUUACUUGUGGGCGCGGCAUUUGCACGUGCGGCUACUUAUGUCGUAUUUUAUCUUGCACCACCCACUUCGACUCUUCCUGGUAGGCCACCGACUGAAAUCAUUACAGCUUUCUGUUUAAUGGCUGGAGGUUUGAUUUUUAUGGCUAGUAGCAAAGAUACAGUCAAAGCAAUUGAAUUGAACGAUCUUGAUGCCAUGUUUGUUUUUACCGUUUCCAUGGGUCUUAUCACAUUCUUAAUGGCUUGGAUUAUACUUGUGAUUGCAAUUAAAGGAUGGGCGAUGAAAAGGGAACAGAGGUGGAGUAAGGGUGUUCAGUAUGAAGUUGAGUGUAAUGCAUAG